AUGCAUUGCACUGAUUCCAUUCCCAAGGCCUGUGUGCCAUGCGUUCUCCUCUCCCCGUACUUGCCACCCCUCCCUCCCAGGUACCUGGUGAAGCUGCGCCCGGACGUGCCAGCAAGCCGGGUGGACGAGAUAUGCGACCUGGCAGAGAGUAACAACAGCACGCUCUAUACAGGCACAUGCCUCAAACGCUUCAAGGCGUUGUUCAACGGCAUGCUGAUGGCCAUAUCAGGCCAGUCGUUGCUGGCUCUGCUGGACGCCGAGUCCGCUCUCGUGCAGUUCGUAGAGGUUGAGGGGCAGGUCCUCAUCGCCUCCGCUCCCCCUACUCGUGCUGCUGCUGCUGCUGCUGCUGCUGCCACCGCUGCUUCCGCCGCCACUGCUGCUGCUGGUGGUGCUGCUGGUGGUGCUGCAGGAGAUGCGUCUGGUGGGGAUCUUGAUGGGUCACCUUCUAUCAGUUCGGCUGUGCUGGCGUCUGCAUCUCUGGUCACGCGCACGCAGCGCAAGCCCCUCUCAUGGGGGCUGGACCGCAUAGACCAGCGCCCAGGCGGGCCUCCCCUGGAUGGCGCCUACUCGUACCCGGCCUCUGCUGGCGCAGGCGUGCAUGUCUAUGUGGUGGACACGGGCGUGCGGUGCUCCCACAGCGACUUUUACUUCUCAGACAGCCGACUCAACCUUCUCUGGUACCCAAUUUCCCCGCUGUCUCUCCCCCUUUCCCCGCUGUCGCCCCUUCCUGCAGGGCGUGCGGUGCUCCCACAGCGACUUUUACUUCUUAGACGGCCGGCUCAACCUUCUCUGGUACCCAAUUUCCCCGCUGUCUCUCCCCCUUUCCCCGCUGUCGCCCCUUCCUGCAGGGCGGCGUGCGGUGCUCCCACAGCGACUUUUACUUCUCAGACGGCCGGCUCAACCUUCUCUGGUACCCAAUUUCCCCGCUGUCUCUCCCCCUUUCCCCGCUGUCGCCCCUUCCUGCAGGGCGUGCGGUGCUCCCACAGCGACUUUUACUUCUCAGACAGCCGACUCAACCUUCUCUGGUACCCAAUUUCCCCGCUGUCUCUCCCCCUUUCCCCGCUGUCGCCCCUUCCUGCAGGGCGUGCGGUGCUCCCACAGCGACUUUUACUUCUCAGACGGCCGGCUCAACCUUCUCUGGUACCCAAUUUCCCCGCUGUCUCUCCCCCUUUCCCCGCUGUCGCCCCUUCCUGCAGGGCGUGCGGUGCUCCCACAGCGACUUUUACUUCUCAGACGGCCGGCUCAACCUUCUCUGGUACCCAAUUUCCCCGCUGUCUCUCCCCCUUUCCCCGCUGUCGCCCCUUCCUGCAGGGCGUGCGGUGCUCCCACAGCGACUUUUACUUCUCAGACGGCCGACUCAACCUUCUCUGGUACCCAAUUUCCCCGCUGUCUCUCCCCCUUUCCCCGCUGUCGCCCCUUCCUGCAGGGCGUGCGGUGCUCCCACAGCGACUUUUACUUCUCAGACGGCCGGCUCAACCUUCUCUGGUACCCAAUUUCCCCGCUGUCUCUCCCCCUUUCCCCGCUGUCGCCCCUUCCUGCAGGGCGUGCGGUGCUCCCACAGCGACUUUUACUUCUCAGACGGCCGGCUCAACCUUCUCUGGUACCCAAUUUCCCCGCUGUCUCUCCCCCUUUCCCCGCUGUCGCCCCUUCCUGCAGGGCGUGCGGUGCUCCCACAGCGACUUUUACUUCUCAGACGGCCGGCUCAACCUUCUCUGGUACCCAAUUUCCCCGCUGUCUCUCCCCCUUUCCCCGCUGUCGCCCCUUCCUGCAGGGCGUGCGGUGCUCCCACAGCGACUUUUACUUCUCAGACGGCCGGCUCAACCUUCUCUGGUACCCAAUUUCCCCGCUGUCUCUCCCCCUUUCCCCGCUGUCGCCCCUUCCUGCAGGGCGUGCGGUGCUCCCACAGCGACUUUUACUUCUCAGACAGCCGACUCAACCUUCUCUGGUACCCAAUUUCCCCGCUGUCUCUCCCCCUUUCCCCGCUGUCGCCCCUUCCUGCAGGGCGUGCGGUGCUCCCACAGCGACUUUUACUUCUCAGACAGCCGACUUAACCCUGCCACGCGCCGCCCCGCCUCGCGCUGCCUGCCGGGGGUGGACACGGUGGGGGAUGGGCGUGGGGACGGCAUGUCAGACUGCAACGGCCACGGCACCCACUGCGCUGGUAUGACAUUGGGGGGGGGGCGUCUUGUCGUGCUGCUGCUGUGGGAGUCUAGCGUUGAGACAUCUUCUCAUGCCGUGCUUGCUUGCCAGGAACCCACACUCGCCAUUCCACUUGCUGUGCAACGUCCCGUCCCCUCUGUGCUGGCAUGUCGUCGACCCUCUCCCUCUCUCGCAGGCACAGUGGCUGGACUAGUGAGCGGAGUAGCCAAGAGCACCUUCAUUCUCCCGCCCGGUGCGCACCAUGGACUCUGCCGGCAACGGGGCUUAUUGAGGCACCCCACUCCCCUCUCUCUUCGUCCUUUCCCUCUCCCAGGCACCGUGGCUGGACUGAUAAGCGGCGUGGCAAAGAGUGCGUUCAUCCAUCCAGUGCGCACCAUGGACUGUGGCGGCAACGGCGCCUUUGGGGACAUCCUGGAGGGGCUGGACUGGAUUGCCCGCCACUACCAGGCGCCCGCUGUGGUGUCCAUGAGCAUCACCAUGGCCACCAGUGCCAGCCUUGACGCUGCUCUCAAGGAACUUGUGGAGAAGACCGGAAUCACUGUGGCGCCCGCUGUGGUGUUCAUGAGCAUCACCAUGGCCGCCUCUGCUAGCCUAGACGCUGCUCUCAAGGAACUGGUGGAGGAGACAGGGAUUACUGUGGUGGCAGCAGCAGGCAACUUCUUCUCACUGGCGUGCAACUACUCACCAGCGGACAGUGAUGAUGUGAUAGCAGUGGCAUCUAGUACCAGCUCUGAUACCAUGAGCUGGUUCUCCAACUAUGGCUCCUGCACCGACAUCUUCGCUCCGGGGGAGGAGAUAGUGAGUGCGGGAUCGGCAUCAGACACUGCAAUGGCAACCAUGUCCGGAACAUCCAUGGCAUGCCCACACGUGUCAGGAGCAGCAGCGCUGUACCUCUCCAUGCAGCCUGCAGCGCGCCCCAGGGACGUGCGCAAGGCCCUAUACGACACGGCGUAUCAGAACGCCAUCCAGGCUGUCAAGCCCAGCACAGUGCCACGCCUGCUGUCUGUCAACUUCCGCCCCCUGCUCGUGGACGUGGCUCCACGCUCCUUCCUCUCCCUGCUUGAAGGCGCCACUGCGCGCAUCAAGGUGCUGCUGCUUAAGGCACCUGCUGCUGACGUGGUGUUUACUGCAACUGCCUCUGAUGCCAGUGUUGCGUCCUUCUCGCCCUCGCGCCUCACCUUUCCUGCGCGCCGCACGCCAGCUGCACAGUACAUCACCAUUCAUCUCGCCUACUCGCCCACGUACCUGGAUCGAGCCACACUACUGGCCUUCACCUUCACCAGCAAGGACUCUGCCUUUGGGGCAUCCCUGGAGGGGUAUGCUGUGGCGUACGACAAAGAUGUGUGCAAGGCGCCGUGUGGGCAGAGCGUGGAACAGCCUAAAGUGGUGCCGGCACUGCCUUUCUACUACGAGGAUGACAGCACACACUACCGUGACCUGUACAACGCCAAGCUGGACAGUUGCCAUGACACGGGGCCCGAUGUGGUCUUCCAAUACACUCCGCCCCAGAACAUGGUGAGAGUGUGGGGCGUGCAGUUGGCUAGUGAGGCAUCUCAGGAGGUGUGUGACAGCACACGCUACCGUGACCUGUACAACGCCAAGCUGGACAGUUGCCAUGACACGGGGCCCGAUGUGGUCUUCCAAUACACUCCGCCCCAGAACAUGGUGGUGCCAGCACUGCCCUUCUAUUACGAGGAUGACAGCACACAUUACCGUGACCUGUACAACGCCAAGCUGGACAGUUGCCAUGACACGGGGCCUGAUGUGGUCUUCCAAUACACUCCUCCCUAUCACAUGGUGGGUGGGGCGUGCACAAGCCUGAGUCUCACGGAGUUUGACUCGGUGCUGAGUGCCUAUGAGCGCACCAAGCCAGGAGCUAAGCCGGUAUCCAUCGGAUGCAACGACGACUCCUGCGGCACCAAGUCCAAGCUCUCAGGGCUCAUCCUCGCUAAGGGCACCACCUACUUCUUUAUGGUGGACGGCUCAUCCGCUCCAAGGCAGUCAGCACAAAGGCGCUCGCCUCCUUGCGCUCUGAACCCCUGGACACCCUGCGGUCCGUGCCUGUGCUGCCACCGCAUCACACGCCCCACCCUCUCCUCUCGCUGCCCACCAACCCCUCCUCCUCCCACCCCUCCUCCUCCCACCCCUCCUCCUCCCACCCCUCCUCCUCCCACCCCCUCCUCCCACCCCUCCUCCUCCCACCCCUCCUCCUCCCACCCCUCCUCCUCCCACCCCUCCUCCUCCCACCCCUCCUCCUCCCACCCCUCCUCCUCCCACCCCUCCUCCUCCCACCCCUCCUCCUCCCACCCCUCCUCCUCCCACCCCUCCUCCUCCCACCCCUCCUCCUCCCACCCCUCCUCCUCCCACCCCUCCUCCUCCCACCCCUCCUCCUCCCACCCCUCCUCCUCCCACCGUGCUUCUUCCGAGUCUGGUGCUGGCAAUGCCGCAACUCCCUCGUUCUCCUUCGCUUCGCCACACCACCUCACAAGCCCACCCCGAUUCAUCUACAUGAAUGGCAGCACCCCCCUGCUGCUCGCCCCGCCCAGUGGCCCUGGUGUGGGGGCGCGUGAUGAUGGUGCGGGUGCUGACACUAAAGGCCCGUACCAUGUGCUGACGGGGCCCUGGGGAGAGUGCUCCGUGUCGUGUGGUGUGGGGCAGCAGCAGAGAAUCGCAUGGUGCGUGGACGCCCAGGGAAUGACGGCCCAAUCACCUCUCGCCAGCUGUCCGCUGCUCCCUGCUGUGCCCACCACCCAGCCAUGCCAGCUGGCACCCUGCACGCGCGGUUACUGGGACGUUACACAGUGGCAGGGCUGCAAUGUGCCGUGUGGUGGAGGCGUCAACGUGCGGUCAGUGGUGUGUCGAGACGCCGUGCAGGGCAACAUGCUCGACGACUCCCGCUGCUCCUCCACUCCCCCGCCCACCAACCAGUCCUGCAACACGCAGCCUUGCUCCAUCUACACGUGGAGGCCUAGCGGCUGGUCUCCCUGCCAGUACUCCCUGACCCUCUUGUCAGAUGCACAUGCUGGGAUGACACGCAACAGCAGCAGCAGCAGUGGUGGCAGCAGCCGCAGCACCAGCAGCACCAGCAGCACCAGCAAUACGAGCAGAAGCAGCAGUGGUGGAACGGGGUGGAGUGUGGUGGAGGAGGAAGUGAUGCGAGUGUACGGGUGGAGAAGGAGGGACAUUGAG